GUAACUGUGGUUGGCAUGUUUGCAUAAGCAGCCAGCUCCUGUCAAAUUAGGAAAUCCACAUUGGGAUUUUAUCAGUGGUGGAAAAACUUGGAGGGCACCAUCCUGAAAACACUUGUGCCAACUGAAACUGCAACACAGUUCCCCUCCUGCAAACACUGGUCUGUCCUGUAUCGUGUUCAGGAGGACAAAUCAUUCACAUAGAAGUGACCACAUAUUGAAGACCUCGUGCAGUGAAUGUUGAGAAUAUUAGAGAGACAAUCUUUAAAUAAUAAAAAGGCCAGAUGACAGUUUGAGGGUGUGCUAAGGUAUCAGUUUCUGUUGUCAUUCGUCCUUGCCAGAGGGGAAUUUUCCAUUAUUUUCUCAUAGAAGUGAAAAAUUAACCAAUAAAACUUAAUGGUAGAUGCAUACAAUGACAGGAUUCCCUCCUGGCUCCUGUCUCAUCCCUGUUAGUUGGCUUCAGGAUCAUGGCUUUGGCAUGUCUCUAAAAACAGUAUCUGUUCCAGGAACUUUGUCUUCAAAUACAUUCCAAGUGUGUUAUCUGUAAAAGGUAACAACCCUAAAAGGAGAGUAGAUAAAUGCUCCUGACAGAUACCUCAGUCUGUUGAAACUUAUGUCCUUAAAUGAAUACUUUACAUUAUGUAUUCAAAAAUUCAGAGGUAGCAAGAUUAAUGAGACAUUUUUAUGGAGCUACCCAGUUUUCGUAAAAGAAAAUAUGCUGGAUAAGUUAUCAGGAGGUUUCUAUCAGCUUUAAGUUAAUUAGUAAUUCUUCAUAGAGAAGGAUGCUGUAAAACAAGCUCAAAAUCCAUGAUCCUUGACUCUGCUACAGUAGCAGAAAGGAGAGCUCAUUCUGCUGCUGGCAGAGUCUGGAAGAACCAGUGUUUUAUCCCAGUUGGCUCCAGGAUGUCCUUUCUGGAAGUCUUGCUCUGUGUCCUGUUCCUGGCCAGCAGAUCCCUGGGUGAAAAAGGAGCUCUAAAACCCAACUGCAGUGGAGUUGAGGACUUUGAGGCCUGCCUGGGUAACACAACUCAAUUCUGUCCUAGUCAUUUUCCUUGUCUGUGUAAAAAUGGAGAACCUUUCUGCAGAUGUGAUUACUUCAGAGUGGGCUGGAAGGACUACUGGUACAUGGGCCCCAAAUGUAACCACCUUUGGAACACUCUAGAUUUCAUUUUAGUGGCUACUGUUCCUGCAGUAACACUGGUUAUCAUAGUGACUGUAAUAUUUUCCUGUGUCUACUGCUGUAAAAGUGAAAAACCUGGGAAGCAGCCAAACUCACCCUACCUUGAGGUACAGCACAACCCUGCCUUCAGUGCUGACACACCUGCCCACCUGGGGCACAGGUACCCACAGCCACCCAGGGAUCAGGAUGGCUGGGGUGGACAAAUUCCAAAAACUUCACUGAGAAGACAAGAUUUUGAUGAAAUCUCAGUCCCAAGCCAAAGAGGGAAUUACAGUUCCAUGUAUUCUCAGCCCCCGAGGAGACCAGAUCCAACCACAGACCGCUUCUCUCUGCCCAGGCCCCAGUGGGAAGGAUUUGACUAUCCCAGAAAGAAUUUGCCUCCUGCAGAUUAUGCAGGGGGCAGACAAUAUCAGAGAUACUAAGAACAAGUGCUCUCUAUAUCAGAAAUAUCUUGGAAUGCUGCUGAUCACUGGGUAAUCCAGAUGCUGAGAGAGCAGUGAGACCCUGUGGAUUGGGACACAGAGGAAUUGGCCAUCACUACUAGAAAGCACUAAAAGUUAUUGCAAAGAAAAGGUACAGAAGAUAAUUAUAAACCAAAACAUGAUAUUACA